CCAUGCCUUAGGUAAAGCUGGUCACUGCGCGCGUGUCAAGGGAAGACACACGUACAUCCACUUGACCUGAACGUUCUGCACGAUGAGAAUCGAUAGCCCCGUGCCUCCAACCUCAUAACUCAAAAGUCUCAGCAAGACUCAAGUCCCAGCACUCUCCCCCCCUUCCCAACCACUUACCAUGUCUGUCUACACCAAGUUCGCUAUCAUCGGAGCCGGUGGCGUCGGUGGCACCGUCGCGGACGAGCUCCUCAAGAAGGGCGACGCCGUGUCCGUUGCCAUCCUCACGCGUGACGCGUCCAAGCCGGAGCUGCAGGCUUUCAAGGCUCGCGGUGCCACGCUGCACCAGGUCUCGUACGAGGACGAGGACGCCGUCAAGAAGGCGCUCAGCGGCAGCGAAGUGGCCGUCAGCACCGUGUCGCCCUUCAAUAUGGCUGUACAGAAGGCGAUUAUCCCCGCGGCCAAGGCGGCCGGCAUCCAGUUGUUCGUGCCUGCCGAGUACGGCGUCAGGGUGACGGAGGGCCCGAACGUGACCAAGAAGGAGGUGCAGGACCUGCUCACUCAGCACCAGAUCCCCUUCACCAUCUUCUACACGGGUCUCUUUGCCGAGUUCCUGCCCUUCUUCCUUGGUUACCACUACGACGAAGGUUACAUGAACGUGGUGGGCAAGGGCGAGACGGCCUUCAGCAUCACGGCGCGUACGGACGUGGGUCGCUUCGUGGCGCAUGUGCUGUCCACCGCCCCCAAGAGCGCGCUUGAAGGUGCCAAGAUCCCGUUCGAGGCCGAGCGUCUGUCGCCUCUGCAGAUCCGCGACCUGGUGGAGAAGAAGCUCAACAAGAAGAUCGAGGUGCGUCACGUCGACUACGAGGAGAACAAGAAGAAGUUCGACACGGACUUUGCGGCCUUCCUCACGACCCUCUUCGAGGAAGGUCGUGGUGUGGCCGGCACGGAGCAGGAGGUACAGGAGAGCGUGGCCAAGUUCUUCCCGGACUGGAACCCCGCCAAGUACGAGUCCUUCAUCGCCUAAGCUAAGUGAAUACACUGUGAAUUCAGCUGGUGACUCCGUAUUCAUAUUCCCCUUGUUUUAUUAAUCGAAAUUACCCAUCAGAUUCACACGAGAAUAUUACAAACUUGGUACGCUUGA